GAAACUUCGGUUCGAAAAAAAGUUCGCGGCAUCCCUAAUCAUGGUUCCUCCUGGACGAACUCUCGACUCUCGACGCCAGCUGAGCCGCUGACGUUGGCUGACGUUAUUCACCCACACUCCCACACGCUUUUUAUGCGCGACCUGCCGCGGCACCCUAUCCUCUCCACAACGCCGCAACGACCUCGGGUCCUCGGUCUGUGGACGACGCGUUCGUCGUAGUGUUUAUCGGCGCUGUGUGCAUAUAUCUUUUUUGGCAGCUCUUCAUCGUCUUUGCCGCUGGAGGAGUCGUGCCGUCUCUGUUGUCAUCCUCGACGUCGCGCUGCGCUUUCUUGCAAUGGUUUUGAAGUCGAAAGCUACGUCUCUCUGCUGCCGACUAGUCCGCGCCCAGCUAGCGCCGAAAAGCCAGCUGAAGGCACCCGCCCGGCGAAGCUACUACUCGUACUGCAAUGAGCCCUUCCAGCCCCUGAACCGUGAACCACCGUGGAUGAAAGCCGAAGAAGCUGUCAGUGCCAUAAAGUCCGGUGACACGGUGUUCAUUCAUGGUGCUGCGGCAACUCCGAGGGGCUUGAUACCGGCCAUGGUGGAACAUGGCAAGAAGGCCGGCCUCAAGAAUGUCACGGUGUGCCACAUCCACACCGAAGGUGCUGCCGAGUACAAUGCCCCAGACUGUCAAGGGAUCUUCCGCAGCAUGUCGUUCUUUGUGGGCGCCAACUGCCGGGAGGCGAUCAACAGCGGGCGUGCGGACUUUGUGCCCAUCUUCCUCAACGAGAUCCCGCUGGUGUUCCACAAGGGUGUCCUGCCCGUCGAUGUGGCCCUGGUCCACGUGACUCCGCCGGACAUCCACGGCUACUGCAGCAUGGGCACCAGCGUGGACUGCGCACGUGCCGCCCUCACCCACGCCAAGUACAUCGUCGGCCAGGUGAACGAGCACAUGCCCCGGACAUACGGUGACGGCAACAUCCACGUGUCUCACUUCGACGCCCUAGUGCAGCACAAUGCGAAGCUGCCCGAGCACAAGCCCUCCCAGCUGACCGACGUCGAGGUCAAGAUCGGCAAGAACAUCGCCGAAAACCUGGUCGACAACGGGGCUACCCUGCAGAUGGGCAUUGGCAGCAUCCCGGAUGCGGUGCUGAACGUGCUGAAGGGCCACAAGGACCUGGGCAUCCACUCCGAGAUGUUCAGCGAUGGCGUGGUGGACCUGGUGGAGGCCGGCUGUAUUACCAACAACAAGAAGGUCAUUGAGAGGGGCAGGAUCGUGGGCAGCUUCUGCAUCGGCACCCAAAGGCUCUUCGACUUCAUGAACUGCAACGCGGGGCUCGUGAUGCUGGACGUUGGCUAUGUCAACAACCCUCAGAUAAUCUGCGAAAACCCCAAGGUGACUGCCAUCAACUCGUGCAUUGAGGUGGACAUCUGUGGCCAAGUGGUGUCCGACUCCAUUGGACCAAGGAUCUACUCGGGUUUCGGGGGCCAGGUGGACUUCCUGCGGGGCGCGGCCAUCUGCAAGGACGGCAAGGGCAAGCCCAUCCUGGCCAUGCCCUCGGUGUCCCCCAAGGGCAUCAGCAAGAUCUGCACCUACAUCAAGCAGGGCGCCGGCGUAGUCACCACCCGGGCGCACGCGCACUACAUCGUCACCGAGUACGGCAUCGCCUCGCUCUUCGGCAAGAGCAUCCGACAGCGCGCUCACGCCCUCAUCAACAUUGCCCACCCCGACCACCGCGAGACGCUCGAGAAGGAGGCCUUCGAGAGGCUCAAGUGCAUGCCUUCCCCGUGAGCAGCUGCCUAUAUCCACCAUGCAGUCGCGCCAAUAGAGGUACUUACGUUUUGCAGCAAAAGGUUUACUCCCUCUUUGUCUUUCCAGUCAGUUAAUUUUUCCGUCAGAAAUUUAUUUGCCAUAAGGCGGAUUCGGCAGCACGUUUGAGUCGUCCGUUUCGAUUCCCUCAUUCUAAAGCGCUGGGAAAACGGCGCGUGCCGCAGUCUCCUGUUGUUAUCUUGCACUUCUUGUUAUUAGGGAGGGGAGCCCGUUUUUUUAAUUUGUUUGUAUAGAUCCUUUGGCCCAAUCGGCAAUAGCCGUUUCGGCCAUAUGUGCGCGGUGCACCUUAACAACGUUAUGCUUUCUGCGAGCACAAAAAGGGGCAGGUUUUUAUCGUUGCCUUCAGUCUUUGGUGCAUACGUCCUAGAUAUGAACCGGCAUUUAAAGAGUCUUGCACGUUAUAACGUUGUUACUCGAAACUGGUUUGUUAGCACUGCCAAUUAUCACGCUCAAUGUGGAAAAGAGGAAACGAUAUGCAAGAUUGGUUUGGAUUCGAGUCUUCCAAGUUUGCCGCGAGAAAGUAAUUGGCACCUGUGCCGUACUAGUAGCUACGGCAUGGAAGCUUUCGAGGCACAAGCACCUUGCCUGUACCACCCUUUACUCCUCUCCGUAGUGAAAGCUACGUGUCGUGUCCUUUUCGACGUUACAACUUCCGCUGCAUGGGAUCAUAUCUGGAAGGCAAUUAGAGACCUGUCAAGCACCCUUACGAAUAAAGUGAUAUUUUAGGAAAA